AAACGUUAAAACUCGAACGGUUUUGCGGAUUUUCUUAAUAGAAAUAUCUCUGCGUUCGCUCCUUCUUCACCCUUGCCAUUCGAUAAUGGAGCUCGUCUUUGGCUCCACCCUCCACCUCCAUCGCCCUUCUCUCUUCUCCUUCACCUCCUCGCCCUCCUCCUAUGCCUGCAAGCUCUCGUCCUCAUGGUCCCUCGAUCGCGCCUCGUCGUCCUGUCAUCUCUACCCUUGCUUAUCAUCUUCUUCGCGCCGUGUUGUGAACCCCUUCGUCGUUGCCGCGGGUGUUUCUGUGAAGCCAGCAGAGAAGGAACGGUUCCCAGCGGACAUCGAGGUCACCGAGACAAAAAUGCCGCACUCUAGUGUUAAGUUAAGUGUGGCAGUUCCUCCUGCAGUGUGUCAAGAAUGUUAUAGAAAGGUGUUGGAUGAGUUCUCCAAGCAGUUAAAGGUUCCUGGAUUUCGCCCUGGAAAGAAAAUUCCAGAAAACAUACUUCUAAAUUAUGCAGGCAGAGAGAAUGUACAACGAGCUACAAUUGAAGCAAUUUUGAAGAAAACCCUGCCCAAGGCUGUGUCCUCGGUACAAGGAAGAGCCUUAGCAGAUUCUGUUCGCAUUACAACAAAAUUUUCAGAAAUGGAGGAUGAUUUCUCCCAACAAGAUGUUUUCAGAUAUGAUGUUGCAGCUGACGUGGCUCCUGAAAUCAAAUGGCUAUCUGAAAACCAAUAUAAGAACCUGAAGGUUGUUGUAGAAAUAGACAAAAUUGUUACUGCUGAGAAUGCUUCUGAACGAGAGCUAAGACGCCGCCAUAGGGAUCUAGGAUCUCUUAGAAUCGUAACUGAUAGGGGUUUGCAGGUUGGUGAUCUUGUGGUCCUAGAUAUACAUGCAGAAACAUUUAAGCAAGACGGUUCUGAAAGUGAGAAAAUACCCUCUGCUGAAAGAAAAGGUUUUCACUUGGAUACAGAAGAGACCAAUAACCUUCUUCCUGGUUUCCUUGAUGCAAUAAUUGGUAUUCAGCAAGGUGAAACAAAAUCGUUUAUCCUCACAUUCCCAGAAUCAUGGGAACAAGAAAAUCUCCGUGGUAUUAACGCUCAAUUUAUGGUCGAAUGUAAAGAACUCUUUUACAGAGAUUUACCAGAAUUAGAUGACUCUCUUGCUGAGAAGCUCCUUCCUGGUUGCAGUACCUUGGAUGAGGUUAAACAAGCAAUACUGCAGAGAUGUAGAGAAAUAGAGCAAACUGCUAUAGAGCAGGCAACUGAUAAUGCAAUUCUAGAGCAGCUAAGCAAGAUUGUAGAAGUUGAUGUUCCACAUUCCUUGUUCGAAGAACAAGGCAGACAGCUAUAUGGAGCCAAGCUUAUGGAGAUGCAGGCAGGAAGGAGAAUUAAUGAAGACCAGCUAGCAUCUCUUUCAAGUGAAAAGACAGUAAAUGAGUUCCUUGAAAGUCAAAGGGUAAAUAUUACAGCAAUAAUAAAACAGAUGCUGGCUGUUGGUGAGAUUUUCAAAUGUGAAGGUUUGCAGUUCUCGACUGAUGAAGUGGUCAAUGAAGUGAAGAAAGCUGUGACAGAAUUUGAACAGCAUAAUCAAGAGUAUGACGAGGAGCGCAUUAAAGAGCAGGUGCAGGAUGUCCUGGAGGGAGCAAAGGUGCUGGAGUGGUUGAGAGAGAAUUUGGAAAUUCAGUAUGUCUAUAGAUGAAGAAGGCUUUGAUGUUAAACAUUUUUGGAGCACAGUCAAAUAAAAAAAAAAAAAAUUA